AUGAGCAUACGUGCGCCUCGCAAGGGUGAAAACUAUGAGCUCAGUGUCGACUUGAACAGCGAGUAUCGCGAAAAGCGCAAGGAUGCCAUCAAACGCACCAUCGCCUCUAUGACUGUAGGAAAAGAUGUCAGCGGACUCUUUCCUGAUGUUCUUAAGAACAUGCAAACAGACGAUCUCGAGCAGAAGAAGCUUGUCUAUCUGUACUUGAUGAACUACGCGAAGACUCAACCAGAGCUCGUCAUUUUGGCAGUCAAUACCUUCGUCAAGGAUACGGACGACCCCAAUCCCCUUGUGAGGGCGUUAGCGAUCCGGACGAUGGGUUGUUUACGCGCGGAAAAGAUAAUCGACUACCUAUGCGACCCUCUACAAAAAUGUCUACGGGACGAGAACCCCUACGUUCGCAAAACUGCGGCUCUCUGCGUGGCAAAACUUUACGAUCUUAAACCGGAGUUGGUGAUCGAUAAUGGCUUCUUAGAACAGUUGCAUGAGAUGAUUGCAGACAGUAAUCCUAUGGUCGUCGCAAAUACCGUCGCGGCGUUGACAGAUAUCCACAUUGCCGCCACUUCACAGCCCGGGACAUCGUCUUCUGAUCCUGGAGUCUUUGUCAUUACGACCUCCAUUCUCAACAAGCUCUUGAUCGCCCUGAACGAGUGUUCUGAAUGGGGCCGUGUAGCUAUCCUAAAUGCUUUGGCUCGAUAUGUUGCGCAGGAUGAGAAGGAGAGUGAACAUAUCUGUGAACGAGUCGUGCCACAGUUCCAACAUGUAAACGGGAGUGUUGUCCUUGCCGCCGUCAAGGUUAUCAUGAUUCACAUGCGUGGUGUACGCCGAGAAGAACUCACGAAACAACUUGUCCGCAAAAUGGCACCACCAUUAGUCACAUUGCUAUCAUCUCCCCCAGAAGUCCAGUGGGUCGCAUUGAGAAACAUUAAUCUGCUUCUCCAGAAGCGGCCUGAUGUCUUAUCAAAUGAAAUGCGUGUCUUUUUCUGCAAAUACAACGACCCCCUAUACGUGAAAGUUGAAAAGUUGGAUAUCAUGGUUCGAUUAGCCUCAGAAAAUAACGUCGAUGCACUACUAAGUGAACUGAAGGAGUAUUCUUCGGAAGUGGAUGUUGACUUCGUACGGAAAAGCAUCAAAGCCAUUGGUCAAACAGCUAUCAAAAUCGAAUCUGCGGCAGAGCGAUGUGUAAAUGUCCUGCUGGACUUGAUAUCAACACGUGUCAGUUACGUUGUGCAAGAAGCUGUUGUGGUCAUGAAGGAUAUUUUCCGAAAGUAUCCAUCAACAUACGAGGGGAUCAUCCCAGUUCUUUGCUCAAAUCUUGAUGAGCUCGAUGAACCAGAGGCUAAAGCAUCUCUCAUCUGGAUUAUCGGAGAAUACGCGAAUACAAUUGACAACGCUGAUGAAUUGCUCGGAAUAUUUGUUGAUAGUUUCACUGAGGAAGCAUAUCCAGUGCAACUACAAACGCUAACAGCAGUAGUUAAGUUAUUCUUGAAGAAACCGGACUCGUCACAGGGCAUUGUUCAGAAGGUCCUAAAUACAGCAACGAAAGAUUGUGACUCCCCUGAUGUCCGCGAUCGUGCAUAUAUUUAUUGGCGUCUGCUCUCCAUGGACCCUGCCGCUGCGAAGGCUGUUGUCCUUGCUCAUCGUCCACCCAUCUCGAUCCCUCGGACAACUGUGGCGCCAGCACUCCUGGAAGAGCUUCUUGGAGAAGUUGGCAGUCUGGCUAGUGUCUAUCAUAAACCUGCUGAAACCUUCAUUGGAAAAGGAAGAGUCGGGGCGGACUCCGUGCGCAAAGGUGGAGAACUCUCCGAGGAUCAAUUCUCCACGCAAAAGGCGUUACAAACCGUUGUUGCUGGUCAACAGGCGGAGAACCUGCUUGACUUCGACGAUGGACCUGGGCUCGAAGGCCAGCCGUCAGGGUUGGCAGCUACCGAAGUACUUUCCAACACACCUGCCGCUGCCAAUCUGCUCGCCGGUACAUCAAGCAAUCCCCUGGAUGACUUGGUUUCAAUAUUUGGUGGAGGAGGGUCUGGAGGACUAUCUUUGGCACCCUCUACCUUUGGCGGUGGUGGAUUCGGUAUGCCAAUAACACCCGCUCCUGUUACUCCUGCUUCUGGAUACCCGGCCUCCAAGCCUAAUGUACAAUCACCACCCCAGCAACAGGACGACCUUCUAGGGUUGUUCUGA